AUGUCAGAGCCCGGCGAAGCGGUACCAAAGCUCUUCCAGCCCGUCAAGAUCGGCGACGUGACGGCGGGGCAUCGUGUCGUCCUCGCGCCGCUCACCCGCUGUCGCGCGAACAGCAAGCACGUUCACACCGACCUCGCCGUAACGUACUACGCGCAACGCGCCUCCGUCCCGGGCACCGUGCUGAUUUCCGAGGCGACGUUCAUCGCGCCCUACGCGGGGCUAUAUGCGCACGUUCCGGGCAUAUGGAGCGAGGAGCAAAUCGUAGACGCGGUGCACGCGAAGGGAUCGUACAUCUAUCUCCAACUUUGGGCACUCGGACGCGCUGCCAAUCCCGCCGAACUCCGAGAAGAGAACCCAGAUUACCCGUAUGUCUCUGCGUCGGACGUCCCACUCCCUGAGAAGUCCGAUGGCGAAGCCCCGCGCCCGUUGACGAUCCCAGAGAUUAAGCAGUAUGUAGAAGCGUACGCUCAGGCCGCACGCAAUGCUGUGUAUGGCGCGGGCUUCGAUGGUGUCGAAGUCCACUGCGCACACGGGUACCUCAUCGACCAGUUCAUACAAGACACUUCAAACAAGCGCACGGACGAGUAUGGCGGAUCCAUCGAGAACCGCUGCAGGUUUGCGCUCGAGGCAAUCGAUGCUGUCGUGAACGCUAUCGGGGAGGCCAAGACAGGCUUUAGGCUGAGUCCAUGGAGCACCUUCCAAGGCAUGAGGAUGGCGGACCCGAUACCGACAUUCACCUAUCUCGUCACCAAGCUUGCGCAGGACUAUCCGGAUCUCGCCUUCCUACACCAGGUUGAGCCGGGUGUAGCUGGAGGGUGGGACAUCGACGCAAAGACCGGCGAGUCAAACGACUUCAUCCGCAAGAUAUGGUUCCCGCGGCCGCUGAUUUCUGCCGGCCGGUACACACGCGAGUCAGCCAUCGCGCGCGUGGAGGAGACGGGAGAGCUCACAGCGUUCGGCCGACUCUUCAUAUCCAACCCGGACUUGCCUCUGCGUCUGCGCAAGAAUUUGCCCCUGAAUGGUUGGGACCGCGCGGUCUACCACCUGCCGGAGGAACCGCACGGGUACAUCGACUACCCGUUCGCGGACGAGAACCGCGAGGAACUGGGGGUAUAG